AUGCCACAAGACGCUGAAGCAGAAACCAGCCCUCUCCUCCAACAACAAAACAUCCCAACAACGACCACAAUGAUCCCCGCCCACUCCCACUCUAGCAACGGGACCGUGAAGACGUGGCCGCUCGCGCUACUCCGGCUCGAAGGCGCCGCGAUCUUCGGCGCGACCAUCUACGCGUACCGCCAGACGGGCGGCUCGUGGCUGACGUUCGGCGCCUGGCUUCUGCUGCCGGACCUGGGCAUGGCCGGCUACCUGGCCAACACGCGCGUCGGCGCCGCGCUCUACAACGCCGUGCAUACCGAGACGCCGGGCAUUCUGAUGUUGUGUGCCGCUUGGGUCGUGCAACGGGGUGAGCAGAGUGGGGGAUCCGGACCCGGAUCCCCAGGGGGAGCUGGCAAUCUGGGGUUGGGUCUCGCGAGGGUCGCGCUCACGUGGCUGGCGCAUGUCGGCAUGGAUCGCAUGUUGGGCUUUGGCCUCAAGUAUGCUACUGGGUUUGGCCAUACGCAUUUGGGGGUCCUGGACUAA